AUGCCAGUGCGUGCUGUGACCACCAGGUUCAUGUACAAGGGACUUUGCACUAUUCCAGAUGUCCUCACCUACCGGACCCCUGUUAACCUGCCUGAGGAUGAGGUGGAAGAGAUUCGUGAGGCUUUCAAAGUGUUUGACCGAGAUGGGAAUGGGUUCAUCUCAAAGCAGGAGUUGGGGGUGGCCAUGCGCUCUCUGGGUUACAUGCCCAAUGAGGUGGAGCUGGAGGUUAUCAUCCAAAGACUUGAUAUGGAUGGUGAUGGUCAGGUUGGCUUUGAAGAAUUUGUCACAUUGCUCGGUCCAAAACUCUCAGCCGCUGGGAUGCCUGAUAAGUUCAACGGAGCAGACUUUGAUUCUGUGUUUUGGAAGUGUGACAUGCAGAAAUUGACUGUGGAUGAGCUUAAGAGACUGCUUUAUGAUACUUUCCGUGACCACCUCACUAUGAAAGACAUUGAGAACAUCAUCAUGACUGAAGAGAGCCACCUAAACAGUCCAGAGUCCCAUGUGGACAUUGAAACGAGCCCAACCCAACAGGAAAAACAUACAUGUGUGCGUAAAAGCCUGAUUUGUGCCUUCGCCAUUGCAUUCAUCAUCAGCGUUAUGCUCAUUGCAGCAAAUCAAAUGCUCCGCAGAGGAAUGAAGUAA